AUGACAGGAUAUGUGACAAUGACAGGACCUGUGACAAUGACAGAAUCUGUGACAAUCUGUGACAAUGACAGGAUCUGUGACAAUGACAGAAUCUGUGACAAUGACAGGAUAUGUGACAAUGACAGGACCUGUGACAAUGACAGGAUCUGUGACAAUCUGAUCUGUGACAAUGACAGGACCUGUGACAAUGACUGGAUCUGUGACAAUCACGGGAUCAGUGACAAUGGCCAGAGAUUUAACAGAACUGAUGAAAAACUGAAAAAAAAGAUGAGGCCAUUAUAUUCUUUACUUGUCCUGUUUGUGAUGUCACGCCUUGCCUACACGACUCUGAUGUUUAAAAACAUCAACUUGGACCUGAGCGACACAAAACGGCAAGAUGACGAAACAAACAUUGAUCAUCACCCGGAGCUUGAAGGAAUUGGAAAAAUCGACUGUCGCGCACAAGACGUCGUUGACGUUUCAAAUACGAGCACACAUCGAUGUAAGAUAAUCGGGGUUUGUGCAGAGUGUCCCAAUUUAGGGUUAACUGUCGUACCGAACGAUCUACCUACAGACAUUAUCAAACUGAAUUUAUCGUUCAACCAGCUUGAAUUGAUUCCAGAUUUUGCGUUUGACAGGUACCGAAAAUUGGAGUAUAUUUUUAUAAACAGUAAUAAAUUAACACGUUUGUAUCCUUCCGCGUUUGCCAACUUAACAGUUCUCAAAGUUUUAGAUUUAUUUAACAAUUCUCUGGAGAUGACAGGGACUACUUUCCCAGAUGAGGUUUUUAGCUCUUUAAUAUCUGUUGUGUCUCUCAGAAUAAGCCGAAAUAAUCGCGAGUUAAAUAAAACAGAGCUAGCUUACCCGGAUGUUGCUCUAUCGCGCAUGACAGCUUUGCAGACUUUAUAUUUAGACGGGUUAGAGAUUAAGAAAUCACCGACGGCCUUUGGUCGAGGUUUUCGAAAUUUAACAAAGCUACAUACACUUAUGUUGUCGGGAGGAAAUCCCAGUUUCGGAUUUUGUAACUUGAGAAGUCUUUACAACAAUACUUUUGAGAAUCUAGGUCAGGUGGGUAUUCUGCGUUUACAAAAUUGUGGGCUAUUUGGAGACAGGAUCGAAGCUGAUGCAUUCAAGCCUCUGAUUAACCUGCAGAUACUGAAUCUAAUUUUCAAUGAAAAUAUCAACGCAGAUUCUUUAGGUAAUGUUUUUUACGGGUUAAGAAACUCGAGGAAAUUGGAGCGCCUAUAUAUCAACAGGAUAGUGAAUCGGUAUUCACUAAGCAUUUGUUUUGAGAGUUCAUGGUUGAAAUAUAUCCCAAAAAGUAUAACUUACCUCGAGGCCCGAGAAAACCAGCUAGAAGGAAUGGACAGAAACACAAUUCGAAUGCUGCCUCCUAACAUUGAGUACCUCGACCUUAGCGGAAAUCUAUUUCGGUUUGGUACCUACUUUCAAGAUCUUCACGUGAUGAAGAACCUCCAACGUCUCUUCAUCAACGGCAUCAACACUAAUUACGUCAUCCCUUAUUCGUAUCCGGCGGUCGGACAUGACGUCAUUAGAAACGCCUCGUGCCAUCUGUACAAGGAGACCAACGGUCUAGGGGGUAAAAAUUUCAUCCUGAAACUUCCGCCUAGGUUAGAGAGGAUCCAAAUGAACAACGCGGGGUUAAUGUACAGGCUGACUGAGCUUCAUGUAGACCCAAACAACAGCUUAAACAGCUUGAGCUUAAGGUUUAACAACUUCCCCAGCUUAGAAGGUCCCAUCACGGGCCUCAACGCGUUGAAAUUCCUAGACUUAUCCUAUUGCUACAUCAAGAAGAUCCUGCCGCAGUUUUUCCAGAAUUUCAGCUCUCUGCAGUAUCUGUAUCUGCAAGGCAACGCGUUGGGGGAUUUUUUUUACGGGAACAGGAAUAUCAAAUCGUUUUUUUAUCUGAGUAAUUUAAAAGUGCUCAACAUGUCGUACUGCAACAUCUAUGACCUCCGACCCGCCGUGUUUUCCGAACAGCGGAAUUUGACCAAACUCUCCCUGGAACACAACCCGCUGGAUAAAUUCGACGUCAACAUCACCCACAUGUGGAGCUUGACCCUGCUCAACCUCAGCUCCACCCACGUAACCACUCUCUCCCCGGCAACCCGACGCCACGUCGACCAGCUCCACGACAACAACAUCAACACGACCUUAAACCUCGCCGAAACCCCCAUCGCAUGCACGUGCGAGAAUUUAAACUUCCUUAUAUGGAUGUCGAAAUCCCAAGCUUUCACUAGCGGGUUCAAAGGAUACAUCUGCGUCUUUCCUGACUUCUCCAACGCUAAUUUAGCCACAAGUUAUCAAGAUAUUUUAAAGACGUUAACCAGAAAAUGCACAUCCAAUGCCGUUUUAUUUUUCAUCGUCGGCUCCUGUACCGCUGUAAUGAUUGGUGUCAUUAUAGGCCUCCUGCUGUACAGAUUUAGAUAUAAUCUAAAAUACUUGUACUACGCAGCGUACACCCGUUACCAAAACAAGAAUCACGACGACGCCGCACAGUUUCAGUACGAUGCGUUUAUCUGCUACGCCGAAGAAGACGUGGGUUUUGUGAACAAUUUCUUAAAAAACGAACUCGUCGCUAGAGGGUUGAAGCUCUUCAUCCACUCUGAAGAUUUCACUGCGGGUGAGUACAUCUCGUCAAAUAUCGUGAGGGCUGUAUGCGCGUGCAGGAAGACCGUGGUCCUGUUGACACGUGACCUAGUGGCCAGCACCUGGUGUAUGUUUGAGAUUGAGAUGGCCAAGAUGGAGGCCGUGUACAGUGGCCGGCAGGUGUUGCUGUUCGUCAUCAUGGAGAAGCUACCCAAAGGUCAGAUCGGCAGGGACCUGCUGUACAACGUCAAGAACAACACGUACCUGGAGUUUCCUGGGGACCAGAGCGAGGCUGAGGUCAUGGUCAGGUGGUGGGACAAGCUGGCCAGCGACAUCAUGCACUAA